ACAUGUUAAUAGGACAAUCUGUCAUAUGGCAGCUCGGCAGCCCAGACGGUUCUGCAGACCGUGGCGAAGGCAAGCUUUUCUUGUGGUUGUGUUAAUACUCCCGUCUUGUUUUUUCUCACACAAGCUUUGACCUAGGCUUCCUAGACUGACUUAUCCCCUUUCAGAUUGAGCCCAUGGCAUCGCAAACACGGAUACGGCGCCAAACAGAACCACCUCUUCGAUUGGAACACUUAAAAAGAUUUUCCUAGCUUCAGAUAGUUCUAUUCUGCGCGCAGUUGUGGGUUUAUGAACCCACAAAUGAGAACCUCUCCCCAGGGGUGGGCUUCAAAAUUUUUAGCAAGGAGUUCUCUGCCCGGUUGCUGGGUGGGCGUGGCCUAGUUGGCCUCCUGCACCAUGACCUGGGCGGGGGGAGAGGCUUUUUGCCCUCCCCAGGCUCUGGAGGCUUUCCUGAAGCCUCCAGGAGGGCAAAAAUGGACUCCCCAGGCUCUGGAGGGCCUCUUCCCAAACUUCCAGUAGGCCUGUUUUUUGCCCUUCCUGCACCUCCGCGCGCGCUCUGCACUUAACCUGCAUCCAAAAUGGACCGUGUGGGGACUCCUGAGAGGGAUAGUGUGGGCGGGGCCAGCCAGGAAUGGGAUUUGGGUUCUCCGAACUGCACAGAAUCUUAGCUCGAGGUUCUCCCGAACCCCUGGGAACCUCCAGCGGCUCCACCCCUGGCCUCUCACCCACCUUAUCUUCCAAAUGGUCUUGACAGAAUGGAAGAUGAAAUCCUAUGACACUCUCACCUCAUGGGGGAGAUGCUUGAAAAGGCUUUCACUAUUGGGGUUUAUGGGGGGCGGGGAUCUGGGCAUAUCACUGGGAAGAAAGAAAAGGGUCGAUUUACUCCUCGAAGUGAUCUACUUUUGACUCGGGUGUUGCAAACAACCGAUUCCAAGACAACGAAAUCCCAUCGAAGGCCAGCGGUAAACACAAAUCUUUACAAUUAUUUUUUAUUUUUAAAAAAAAGCAACGUGCUAAUUAAAGCCAGCCCACUUAACAGCAAAAACGCAAUUAACUUUAAUCCCGGGCCUUUAAAAAAAUUGUUGAUAAAAGCAGCCAAUUAACUAAAGACUUGAUAAACCAUUAAAAUGUAACAAGUCAGCAUGCUACCUUCUCUGGCUAAGAAUGAACGUUUGCAGCGUUGCCUAGGUGAUAAAUUGCCAGUUGAUUGGCAGAAGUCAAGCAAAAGAGGAUUUCUUGGUCUGUUUUGACACUAAUAAUUCUCUUUCCUCUGCCCCCUUUUAACAAAUUUAAGUCUACAAAUCUCUGAUUUGCUCCUAUGGAGGAACUCCUAUGAUUAGGCCUGCUGGCUUUCUAAGUAAGAGCAAACCACAACAAACUUCCAAAGUUUGGUUCAAUUUGGGGAGAAUAAAUUAGGGUAGAUCCCUUAUUUUGGAUGUCACACGAAUGGAAACUUCAACCUUAAGCAGGACCGAGAACUCCAUCCGAGUAUUGUGGGAGAGAGAUGGGUGUCUUCUAGGUGUGAUAUAAAUAUAGUAGCCCUUGACUUACGACCACAACUGAACCCAAGAUUUCUGUUGCUAAGCGAAACAGUUACUGAGUUUUGCCUAGAGGUGGGAUCCACAUAAUUUAUUUACCGGUUCACCCAGCACCAAAAAUACGAGUGCGGCGCACGCUUCACUCGCAUGUGCCACCUCCGCGCAUACGCCCGGCCUUCUGCACAUGUGCUUCACUCGCAACGCGCGCCUUCCGCGCCUACGCCCAGUCUCAAAAACGUGCCUAAAUAGGACAGCAUAGAGCCGGCGGGGCAGUUGGGCAGGCCCACCCGCGAUUUCCGCUACCGGUUUGCCACAACCAGUCCGAACCGGCUGGUUUUGCCCCAUUUUACGAACUUUCUUGGCACCGUCGUUAAGCGAAUCACUUCCAUUAAGUCACGCAGGGACUGACAUUGCCACCAUGAUCAAUGUCGAGUUGGUUGGCAAACACCCACAUUUUGAUCGCGUGAUUACGGGUAUACCGCGACAGCGGUAAGUAUGAAAAAAUGGGUUUUCAGUGCUGUUGUAACUUUGAACGGUCAAUGGACUGGUGUAAUUUCGAGGACUAUACCUGUACCAGCUCCGGAUUUUAUCCGACGGUACUUGCUGGAAUGGUUUUCUGCAAGGUUACGAAAAAAGCAAGGGAGACCGCAGCCUCUUGUCUUGGAGAAGCCACUGAACUUCAAAAUACUGAGAUGCAGGGGUAGGGUUUUACAUACCUCUACCACUGGUUCGCUGUGCACGCUUGUUUUACGCGCGCAUAGAUUGUCUGCGCAUUGCACUCGGCCUUCCGUGCAUGUGCUUUGCUCGCUUCUGCGCUGCGCCCGGCCUCAAAAACGUGCCUAAAUUGCACGACUUGGAGCCAGGGCAAAAUCGGUGCGAACCGGCUGAAUAUCAAUUCUGCUGAGAUGGACUGGGCUGCCCGCAUUGGGGGGGAAAAAAAUACGAGGUUAAAAGUACAGGGAGUCCUUGUCUUACCACAAAUAAGCCCGAAAUGUCAGUUGCUAAGCGAGGCGCCUCAUUUUUUAUGACCUUUUUUUUUGCAACCGUCAUAAAUACAGGCCAGUUUCCAAGCGCCCAUAUUUUGAUAACGUGACCAUGGGGUUGAUGCAGAGGUCAUAAGUGUGGAAACUGGUCAUAUGUCACUUUUUCCAGUGCUGUUGUAACUUUGAACGGUCACUGAACGAAUGGUUGUAAGUCGAGGAGUACCUGUAUAUCUCUCUAGGAAUGUUCUCGUGCUUGCUUACUCCCUGCCACAAUGGUGCUUCAUCAGCCGACGGAGUGGUUCUUCGGUGGAUAUGUGGACGGACUUUAGCUUGCAAACUUUAAUAGCUCAUUGAGUAGCUUCACCAAGAAAUACGAGUGAGUUGUUGGCUCUUAGCCUGGAAGCCUUCAUUAUUAUUACUACCUACGUGCUUUAAGCUGAAGGACGACAGCACUGGAUUGCCGGUGUGAAUCAGAGCUUAGGGCAAUGGGCUAAGAUUGCAGACAUCCAAGUUCAAGUGCUUUCUUGGCUGGGAAACCCACUGUGGGGCUUUUUGCUUGCUGGUGCGGCUUUCCGAUCAUUGACUAGCUUCACCAAGAAAUAAAUUGUUGGGCUCUUAGCCUGGAAGCCUUCAUUAUUAUUAUUACCUACGUGCUCUAUGUUGAAGGACAACAGCACUGGAUUGCCGGUGUGAAUCAGGGCUUAGGGCAAAAGGCUAAGAUUGCAGACUUCCAGGUUCAAGUGCUUCCUUGGCUGGGAAACCCAUUGCGGGGCUUUUUGCCAACCUUGCCGGUGUGUGUGGGGGGGACACUUCUGAGGAUUAAAACCGGAGGCUGCCUGGCAUUUUCCGAUCCUUUCAAAAGGGACCUGUAAAUGCCAACAGGAACAUCUGUAAAAAGCGAGAAGCCAUCGAGUCCGACAGGCACACAAUACGGCUGCCUCCUCGGCUAAAGAGAGAGGAUUUUGGGAGAUGGAAAGAAAAAGGAUCUGCAAAGGGCUAAACAAGACACAGGCAGGGGAAAGAAGUUUAUUUCUGAUUUAAACAUCUUUGGCACAGGAGGGGGAAGAGUCUGCUUUCUCCCAAGAGUCUCCCCUUAAUAGGAAUGCGAAAAGGACCAGCCUCAACAGCUCUUUAGAAUGCAGUCCCUCCCUCUCCAUACAAAUUACCCUCCUUUCUCCCCCCCCUCCCUCCUUCUCCUCUUUUUCACUCCCCUUCCUUUCAAGUUGAUGCACAAAAACUCUCCCACAAAAAUUGUAUUUAUUCACGGGGGCAGUACAACUCCAGGGAGGUUUCUGCAGAGCCUGCAGCUGCCAGGCAAGGAAAUGCAAGAAGCCGGCGAUUUUGGGAACCUGCCCUUGCCAAACUCUCAGCUCAGAGAUUGAGGUGGAGGGGAGAGAGAAAGAGAGAAGAUUCAGGAGAAAAGCUGGUUGAUGAUUGUCAGCUUGUUUCUUAGGCGGCAGAAAAAUUCAGGAAGGGUUUGAGCGGGUUUUUUGUUUUUUUGGUUUUUUUUUGGUUUCUUGGUUUAUUUUUUGGAUAAGCGGGAAAUUGUGGACUUUUAAGAUCUGGGACAUGGCACGUCCAGAAAUGUGAUUUUUUAAAAAAAAAAUCAUCGGUAAAGUAAGCAACUCUGCCAAAUUUCCGAUAUACGGGUAGAUUUGAGCAGACAGCUUUGGACAUCUGCAGGUGUGACAUCGGGAGGGAAAAAAGACUAGCAGGAGUCUACCAGAUUACCCUCUUCCCUUCUCCUGCACCUGACUCUCCAGUCCUUCACCUUUGGGUCUCAAAGGGUGCCUCCAACGGAUUCUGCAACCUUUGGCCUUUUUUCCGGACAUUUUUUGCCAAAAGUAGAAGAUGACACGGGGAACGCCGGUUGACCAAGUUUUUUUGUUUUGAGCAGGGGGAGAGUGACUCCUCAACGCGGGUCACUUUGGCGUGGCUGACGUCGAAGCAGGCCAUCCAAAGACCGAAAACGACAAAACUGCUGUGCGAUGGUUACGUGUUGCUUGCGGAUGGGAUUGGCUUGGGGUGACUAGGAGCAGCAAAGCCGCCAGUUUACGGAAGGGACCCAGGAAAGACAAACCCAGCAUCAACCCAAAGUCUGAUCCAGUUCCAUCGAUUUCCAUCUUGGGAAGGUUGCGUCUCUCUGGCUCGAAGAUGAUGUCCCCAAAAGAGAGGAGGAGACGAUACUGGCGUUGGUUGGUUCUGGCAAUGCUCAUCUGCCAAGAAUUCCCCAAUUUCCCGCUGGUGUUGGCCAAGAAAGAGCGGAAGAAACCGAAGGAGCCUAACCAAUACACCGAGGCGCUUUCUAACACCACUCUUUCUAACAGUGAAGAAUUGAACGGACACUCCAAGAUGCUAGAAUCCCCAGACCCACGUAUCACUGAUCCACGCCGAACAUGGAUUUCAUUUGUACAGCGUCCGGGUGAAGACAGCAACUCCAAAAAGAAAUGCAAAGGGAAAGAUAAAAAACGUGGUCUUGCCGGACCUCCCGGACCCCCAGGUCCUCCAGGGCCCCCUGGUCUUCCUGGGGCUGAAGUCACCCAUGAAAUCCUAAUGCAAGAAUUUAAAGACAUGUUAAGAGAAGCUACUGAACGGCGGGCAUCUCCAGUUCUCCCAUCCCAUCCCAGUGAGAUGCCGGUAAUGUUACCGCCUCUGGAGGAGAUCUCCUUCUACCGGCGAGUGGAGGAAGCCUUCCACUGCAAACUCAAGGGGCAAAUCAUCGUGGACAAGAAAACGUUGAUGGAACUCCAGAACUUCCAGAUGCCUUUAGCUAAAGGAGCUUUUCUUCGCGGAUCCGGAUUAAAUUUAACAACUGGGAGGUUUACCGCUUCGGUAUCUGGGAUUUAUCAGUUUUCGGCCAACGUCCAUGUAGACCACAGUGAGCUGAAAAGUAAACUGCAGCUUCGAGCAAGAGACAAUAUCCGAGUCUUGAUCUGCAUUGAAUCCCUCUGCCACCGAUAUACAUCUUUGGAGGUGAUCGCUGGGCUGGAAAGCAACAGUAAAGUUUUUACGGUUUACGUCCAUGGAUUGCUCCAACUCCAGGCUGGUCAAUACACCUCAAUCUUUGUGGACAACAGCGCCGGGGCCCCCGUUACCAUUCAGAAUGGAUCUGACUUCAUGGGCAUGUUCGUGGGAGUCUAACUCCCAAGACAAUCUGCCACGGAGAAUGGAGGAGGAGGGGAGAAAACGCAUCUGGCCAUCUGAUGGACAAGCUUGAACUCUGAACCCUGCCUGACCAAAGGACCCACCUUCUCUCCGCCAUUAGCGUUCUUGCCGCCAAAUGAAGCAAAUGUCUUUUUUUUUGUGUUGGUUUGUCCAAGGAAGCCUAGCAACAAUCUCAAGAGAAAGAAAGAGGAUAGUUUUCAAACGCGGAACCCAAAGUCCAGAUAUAGUUUCCUUCCAUUGGCAGAUUCAGAUUUCCCACCUCCGCUCUGAAAUCCAAGGAAAUCUCUGAUUCCAACAAGGCUGAGGAGGGCUGAGAAUACGUUGGGCAUCAGAGUUUAUUGGUAGAACCAGUGUUUUCCGCAUAUAUUCAGGAAGUCAAAACACUAGAAAAUAAAGCGCCCUGUGCUUUUAGUAUUAUUUUGGUCUCAAGGAAAUGCCCAGGGUUCAAACUGAACGAGGGUUCAUCUGUAUUCAUCCCCCCUGUCUACAGACGAAGACAAAGUACAUCGGAGAAACCGUAGGACUUGUCUGGACUCGAAUGCUAAAUCCUGCCGACCCGGUGUGGGAGAACUCUAGGAAUCUGGUUGUCAAAAAAGAAUCUUGGAAGGAGACAAUGGCAAACGAUCCUAGUGUUGGAUGGCCACAAGUCAUGGUUUGGGGGAACUGACGCAGCUCAAAACAGAUUUGGUCUUUAUAGAUUGGUUAUCUCCCAGAUCGGUGGGGUCAGAAAAGAUCUGCCUCGUCUCUUGGAAAGCUGCCGUCAGGUCACGAGGACAAGUUGAUGGACUAACACGCAACUAACGUUUCUUACGUUCUCCGUCUUGUGUUCUUUCUCUGUCCCAAUUCAAAGCAGGACAUUUUUUUUAAAGGUCCUCUUCUCAUUAGUUUGAAGAUUUGGGAUCCUUUUAGAUUUACCUUAAUAUUUAAAAAGUGCUUGCAACCUACAGCCGAUUUAUGCCUGGGUGGAAAAUUCUUCUGUUAAGUCAUUUCAUGAGGAGUGGCUAAUUUGUCCUCGAGUAAUUUAUAAAGGGGUAACGCUCUGCAGGGCCCUCCAUAAAUGCCCUGGAAAGGAAAUGUGUGCACUUCGGUUGCAGAAAAACCCAGUUUUAAUUCUCAGGACCCUGGAAAGGGCUAGCAGGGCUUCCUACCAGGGGUGAAAUGCUACCGGUUCGCACCGGUUCGGGAGAACUGGUAGUAAAAAAAAAUGCUACCGGUUCGGAUGAACCAGUAUUUCUGACGAUCAGCUGUGCCGCACGAUUUAUAUUAAUAUACUUAUAUUAUUAUAUCUAAAUUGCAUGGCACAGCUGUUCCCCCCCCUGCUUGCUGUUCUAUU